AUGGGAUGCGUACUGGGGCAACAUGAUGAAAUAGGAAAAAAGGAGCAUGCCAUUUGUUAUCUAAGUAAAAAAUUUACAGAUGUUGAAACAAGAUAUACAAUGUUAGAACGUACUUGUUGUGCCUUAGCCUGGGCGGCUCAUCGCUUUAGGCAAUACAUGCUUUGCCAUACAACUUAUUUGAUAUCCAAAAUGGACCCAAUCAAGUACAUUUUUGAAAAACCCGCUAUCACAAAGCGAAUUGCUCGAUGGCAGGUGAUGUUAUCAGAAUAUGAUAUUACCUAUGUUACUCAGAAGGCCAUCAAAGGGAGUACCUUAGCAGAUUAUCUAGCUAAUCAACCUGUUGAUGAUUAUAAAUCAAUGCAAUGUGAAUUCCCAGACGAAAGUAUCAUGGUUUUGUCUGAAGAAUAUGAUGAUGGAAAAUGGACCUUGUUGUUCGACGGGGCCUCAAACAUAAUGGGGCAUGGGAUUGGGGUUGCUUUAAUAUCUCCAAAAAAAAAGUUCAUACCUAUCACGGCGCGAUUGUGUUUUGAUUGUACCAAUAAUAUGGCAGAAUAUGAAGCUUGCGCCAUGGGAGUUUUGGCGGCUUUGGAAUCGAAAGCCAAAGUUCUGGAAGUAUAUGGAGAUUCAGCCCUAGUCAUUAAUCAGCUUAACCAAGAAUGGGAAACUCGAGAUAAGAAGUUAAUACCUUAUUUUACCUACAUAAAAGAAUUGUCUUUAGAAUUUGACAAAAUCACGUUUCACCAUGUCCCUCGAGAAGACAAUCAAUUGGCUGAUGCUUUGGCUACUUUAUCAUCUAUGUUCCAAAUAAAUCGAAACGAUGAAAUUCCAUCAAUUAAAAUGGAGAGUCGAGAUUAUCCAGCCUACUGCCAUGUCAUGGAAGAAGAAACUGACGAAAAACCGUGGUAUCACGACAUCAAACAUUAUCUUAUAAAUAGAGAAUAUCCUCCCGGAAUAUCGGAGAAUGAGAAAAGAACUUUGAGACGGUUAUCCGCGAGCUUUUUUGUGAACGAAAAUAUUUUGUAUAAGAGGAAUCACGAUAUGGUACUCCUUAGACGUGUUGAUGUUAAUGAGGCGAAGGAAAUUCUACAAGAUAUCCACGAUGGCUCUUCUGGGAUCCAUAUGAAUGGACACGCCAUGUCUAGAAAGAUUCUUCGGGCCGGAUAUUAUUGGCUCACCCUAGAAAAAGAUUGUUAUAAUUAUGUAAAGAAAUGUUAUAAAUGUCAAAUAUAUGCUGAUAAUAUCCACGCCCAACCAGUACCCUUGAACACCCUUUUAGCGCCCUGGCCAUUCUCAAUGUGGGGCAUAGACGUCAUCGGAAUGAUCGAACCGAAAGCAUCAAAUGGACAUCGCUUCAUCUUGGUGGCAAUUGAUUACUUUACCAAGUGGGUAGAGGCAGCGUCAUACGCCAAUAAAAUGGUUACAACAUACAAAGAUUGGCAUGAGAUGUUGCCAUUUGCACUACAUGGGUCUCGUACUUCGGUACCCACUUCAACUGGGGCAACCCUUUUUUCCUUAGUAUAUGGGAUGGAGGUUGUGCUACCUAUUGAAGUAGAAAUCCCCUCGCUAAGAGUAUUAAUGGAAGCUAAACUAGAGGAGUCGGAAUGGGUACAAACAUGUUUUGAUCAAUUGAAUUUGAUUGAAGAAAAAAUGUUGGCGGCCUUAUCUCAUGGGCAAUUAUAUCAGAAAAGACUGAAGAAAGCGUAUGAGAAAAAAAUACGUCCUCGAGAAUUCCAAGAAGGUGAUCUGGUGCUGAAAAAAAUCUUACCCAUUCAAAAGGAUUAUCGUGGGAAAUGGAGUCCUAACUAUGAGGGACCAUACGUCUUGAAGAAAGCUUUCUCAGGUGGAGCUUUGAUCCUUACGAAUAUGGAUGGAAAAGAUUUAGCUAUUCCUGUAAACUCAUACGCCGAAAAAAAGUAUUACGCUUAA